AGAGUUGUAAUCUAAUUUAGUAAUGUUUUGCAAUGAAAAAAGAGAGUGGAAGAACUAAGUCACCAUUUCACGAUGGAGAUGUAGAGAAAAGUACACCCGCACAUGUCAAUGUUAAGAAAAAAAAGAAGGAACGUGGCGUUCCAACAGCAGUUGAGGUAUGUGUGGAAAUUGAAUUCUGAUCAGUCAGGUUGAGAUCAUUAUUGGAUCAUUCCAGAAAACAUCCAUACCACCCCCACAGAGGAAAUAGGAAGUUAACCCCCUACCCCCUUCGGAUGUCCUAAUACAUUUACUAUUACCAGAAACAAUUUCGCCCCCCCUCCCCCUCCGGACAGCAGAAAUUUCCUUUGUGGGGCCGGGGGAGUAUGGAUCGACUUUUUAGGAACGACCCAUUUGUAUGUUUGCAUACUAGCAUAAGGCCGCCAUGGCAUAACAAAACGAGAUUGUCAUCAGUCCCCCUUUGUGGCCCUACUUUAGUAUUUUACUCUGUCUAAUGCCAGAGUAUAUUUUACUCUGUCUAAUACCAGACAAUGCACCCUGAUGCGCCCUACUUUAGUAUUUCCCUCUGUCUGACGCCCGAAAAUUUUACUCGUCCAGUGGAGAGUGCUGCCACUCAAUGGGAUAACAGUGGUGGAACCUGCCCGGGGGCAAAUGCUUCUCAAUUUCUGAAAGCCUUUGAAUGAUAUAAGAAUAAUUUUUCAACCAUGAAAGCAUUGGUUGGCUAUAAAUUUAAAGCUUUAUAUAUAUCGCAUUAAAUUUAAGGCAAAAUCUUUUUGACAGCUAAGACUUCCAACAACAAAAGGUAGUCAUAUAUGUUGGCAACCUAAUUUGCAGCCAAUAUUUUGCAAGGUGUCUGCUACUGGUGUACAUUUUGCUCCUAGUACCAGUCUGUACCAUAUAACAAGCCACUCCAUCAUUGGUUUCCCUUUGUGGGUAUAAAGUGACUUUAAGCCUGACUUGUCCAACAUUGAAACAGGUGAGAGAAGGGCAUUGAUAUCAAUGGGGGAAGGGAGGAGGAAUAAUGUAUGUAAAAGUAGACUGUCCCAUAAUUGGUGUAGGACUAAAAUGAUAACAAGGGUGUGAUGAUAAGGCGUGGAUAAGUUCCAGUAUUUAUUUUUGGUUUUAGUAAUUCUUCAAUUGGUGUUGUUUUUAAAAAUUAAAGGACUUCAAAUAAAAAAUUCUGAUAUACCGAAGCUAUUUCCAGGCCUCUGAAUUCAGGUUGUCAAUCGGCAAAUCCAGCUGACAUAUCGCUCUGUCAGGACUGCAAAAAAUUGCAGACCUGCAAUUUUUAUCUGACAAUAUACUUUCCUGAUGCAAAUUUAGAGAGUAAAAAAAAAGGAAUGGAAUUUGUAUACAAAUGUUUUUUACUAUGUCACAACUCAAAUUCAAAAGGAUGUCAGACAUCAUACACUUCAACUAUGUUUGGUUAUGAUUUAGUUAAGUUAAGUAACUAGAUGUGAUACAGUUCUCUAACCUCCUGGUUUGCUACAGACAUGUUUUUAUUGGAAACCUAAAUUUACCUACAAGCUACAGUACCUGUUUCCGACCUGUUUUCACUUCAGGUUGACCUGAUUUUUUGCGAAUUCAGUUGCCUGUAUUUUAUGUUGGAGCCACAUACAUGACCUAAUAGUAUCAUCAUACUAAGCAAGUACAGAUUACUAACAUCAUUACUGCAUUAUUUCAACACUACAGUCGCAAAGAACUUUCCAAGUUAUGAAUAUGUAAUCUGCAAAAAUAUUGGGAGGUUAGCCCCCCCCCCCAAACUGCCAUGAAAUUUUUAGCAAGGGGGGCUCAGCCCCCUGAGCCCUCACUCUUCUACACCCUCCUGGAUUGUCCCAAUGUGUAUCUAUACUGAAGCAUGACACCAUGGUCACGUAUGCAGGGCUUUCAAAAUAACCCGGCGGCCGCCGGAACUCCGGCGGGUGGCACGAGGUUUACCGCCGGUUACUUUGUUUAGUUCUUGAAACAUCAAUUCUGCUUCCUUCCUUCUAAGCUUUCAAACCAAGUUAUUUUUCCUCAACUUGGUCUAUACUUUAUAGCCUGGUUAUUUUCGAAAACGACGUACUAUUUCAUAAAACUGAUUUAGUUAUUGCCAUCUUAUUGUCGAUCUCAAGUCACCUUUCAACGCGCGGUUCCCAAGUUUGUCAGUGGAAACUUGCCAAUUACGUUUCCAAGUUCAAAAAUUGGGAGUGAACUUCGCAACAAAGUUCGCAAGUACGUUUCAACGUUUGAACUAUUGUAAACAACUGUUUAUAGUUCAAGUUGAAAUUAACAACCCUGUAUAAAGAUAUACGAUACGCUUAUGAUUUUUCUUUGUGUUUUCAUGAGAAUUAUUAAUGAGUUUUUGAAACCCAAUUCAAAACUCCAGAUAACUCGCAUGCCUAGUUACCAAUGUUCUAGUUUACAGAAGCAUAGAACAGAACAAAGGUAACUAAGCUUUAGAAUUAUCUACAUGUGUGAAUGACUCUUGUACAUAACUCUAAUGCUUAGUUAUACCUUUGUCGUAUUUUAUGCUUCUGUAAACUAGGAGUAACUAUAAACCUGGCAAAAAUUAUCGUAGACAGCGCGUGCGUCAUGCUAACAAAACUAGAUGUAUUUCUACAGAAUUAAUCCCCCCCAAAAAAAAAUUUCUCCCCCUCCUACCCCCAUUUCAAUGUUGGUAAAUCAACUGAACAUACUUUUAAAAUUUAAAUGCGAAAAACAACAUUGAAUAGCGGCAGGAGGCGACACAUUUAACGAAAGAACGUCUCAAUGUUAAUUUUGGCGUUGGAAAAGUUAGGUGUCCACAUCAUUUUUGGUAGGAUUGUAGACAUGUGAGUUAUCUAAAGGGUUGAAUUGGCUAGCAGCAAUGUAAACAACAAUAUUUUUAAUUCUAGGAAAGGAUAAGGCACAGUCACAGAAGAUUAGCUAAUGCUUCAAGCAAAUCCAGUGUAAGAACUUGAAAUUAUAAAAAAUAUGACAGUGGAUUUAUCAUCGCUAUAACAUUGGUCAAUAACCCCUCUCCCCGAUAAUUAUGAAUGAACUCUAAUGAAGAUUAAAUUAUGUUAUUUAUUAUUUUAUAGAAGCAAUCAGCAUUAAAAUCAGGAAGACAUAAACCUCAUUUUGUUCCACCGCCUGCACGAACUUCUCCCGGUAGCAAGAAGACUAUUGCUUGGGAGGUACGUUAUACCUUACUAGGUUGCUAAAUAAAGAAGUAGGGGUGCACCGUCCGGAUAUCUGAAAAAAUCCGGCCAGAUACGAUUACCGGAUAUUUUAUCAAUUUGAAUACUUGACAUAUAAUUUAUAUUAGAAGGAUUUUUCUCAUCCAUGUAUUAGUGCAGAAGAUGGUGACAUUAUUUUUUUAAUUUUUGAGUAAAUAAUCAAUUAUGGUUAACUAAAAAAUCUGUUUUUACUUUUUCCACUCCCAUUCGCAUGUUUCCGAAAACUUUCGAAAGUUUUUAGGCGAUAGGAUUUGGUACGGAUAUUGGCGCCAAACGCUGGGAAUAGUUAAUUAAUUCAACUAAAUAUAUCAGUGGCUAUCAUAUAGUAUCAUUUUUAACAUGUCCUUUUUGGGUGUCUCUUUUUUUUAGUACUAUUUAUGUUUCAAUAAACGGAAAUUUAGUACACUUCGUGAGAAACAAAUUAUCCGGCCGUAUCCGGCCGGAUAAUAGUAAAUAUUAGUACGAUUUCGGUCACUAUCCUGCCAGAUACUGUAUCCGGUGCACCCCUAAAAGAAAGCUGGCUACUAACGUCCCGACGAACUGUCUUUGUGAUGUGAUGUGAUGUGAUGCGAUGCGAUGCGAUGCGAUGCGAUGUGAUGUGAUGUGAUGUGAUGUGAUGUGAUGUGAUGUGAUGUGAUGCGAUGCGAUGUGAUGUGAUGCGAUGCGAUGUGAUGUGAUGUGAUGUGAUGCGAUGCGAUGCGAUGCGAUGCGAUGCGAUGUGAUGUGAUGCGAUGUGAUGUGAUGUGAUGCGAUGUGAUGUGAUGUGAUGUGAUGUGAUGCGAUGUGAUGCGAUGUGAUGUGAUGUGAUGUGAUGUGAUGUGAUGUGAUGCGAUGCGAUGCGAUGCGAUGCGAUGCGAUGUGAUGUGAUGUGAUGUGAUGUGAUGUGAUGUGAUGUGAUGUGAUGUGAUGUGAUGUGAUGUGAUGUGAUGUGAUGUGAUGUGAUGUGAUGUGAUGUGAUGCGAUGCGAUGCGAUGUGAUGUGAUGUGAUGUGAUGUGAUGUGAUGUGAUGCGAUGUAAUGUGAUGCGAUGAUUUCUUUGUUAGGGUAACACUCACAGACUGGAAAUUGACCCGAGUAAUUUGACAAGUACGAGACGAUCUCUUAGAGUUGAUGAUCUUGACACCUCCGAGGUACGAAACAAUUUACUUUGGAGAAUAAAUAGUUUGAUGGUUUUUCAAAAUAUUCUGUUGGCAUUGAUUUGCGUGAAUGUUAUAUUUAGGAAGAAGGGACGCGAGAUAAGCUGAGAGUUUAUGAGAGAACAAUUGGCAACUUGAUGGACGAAAUAGGAACAUUACGACAUGAGGUAGGCUGAGAAAAACAUAACAAAGUUAAAUAGUUUAUUGUUUGCCCUUAAAGGCACAGUUCAGCCUUUGAAUGAUGGUUUUAAGACGCAUUACAACACUUUUAAUUGAAAAAACCAACUUGGAAAAUCAAUUAAGCCUAAUUCAAGAUCAGUGAACUUAAUGUUUUCAACAUUAAAAAUGUCAAAAAACGUUAAAACAUUGAAAUCACUGAUCUUGAAUUAUGCUUAAUUGAUUUUCCUAGUUAGUUUUUUCAAUUAAAAGGGUUGCAAUGAGCCUUAAAAACUAUCAUUCAAAAGGUUGAACUGUGCCUUUAAAGGCCUAUCUAUUAUCCUAGGGUAUGUACUCGAAUAAAUGCAUGUAAAGAUGUCACAUUUCAAUUUUCGCCAUAAAAUGAUGAACAGGAAGAGUGGCGUCAGCAGUCGUUUUCAUACGCCAGAACGACAAUCGUAUGUAGUACUAUGUACACGACUGGUCGUAUCAUGUCAAAAUGGGUCUUAAAUGUUUCCUACAAGAGUCUUUGAUUUUUUAUCAGGUGGGUAUGCAUGACAGCACGAGAUCUGUGCAGAAAAAGAAAGAACAAUUGAAUGCCAGUAAAAGACUGCUUGAAGAACAAGAGGAUGAAAUUAUGGUAAAUGUUGGUAUAUUUUGUGGAAUUUCUAAAUCAUGUGUACAGAGGAUCGGGUUUUUUUCGAUCCUACCGUUGCUAUGUUCCAUCUUCAGGACAGUAUGAACUUGAAAUUCAUUCCCGCAAUCUGACUUGUAUACAUUUGAGAUCGUGUGUUGACAUUCAUUGACUAUAUGAUCAAUGUGCUAUUUACUAUUGUAUUACAUGAAGUUUCAAAUAUGCGAAGGUGUUGAUGUUAUCACGAAUGGCAGUCACAUGAUGUGUUUUGAUCUAACGUCUUUGAUCGGGAGAGAUUGUAAUGACGUGAAUGCAAAUACAAUACAAUUUUUUUAACGUGAAACAAUUACACUUAGCUACACUCAGCUAAUUAAUUUACAGCUAAUUUGUGUUGUCUUCAUGUCAAUGCUUUGUAUGGUUCCAUGCUUCAUGGUAGCUGUGAUUGGUUUAGGACAUCAUGUAACUUCCUGUUCUAGUCGAUCUGCUUCAUGAUAGCUGUGAUUGGUUUAGGACAUCAUGUAAAUUCCUGUUCUAGUCGAUCUGCUUCAUCAUAGCUGUGAUUGGUUUAGGACAUCAUGUAAAUUCCUGUUCUAGUCGAUCUGCUUCAUGAUAGCUGUGAUUGGUUUAGGACAUCAUGUAACUUCCUGUUCUAGUCGAUCUGCUUCAUGAUAGCUGUGAUUGGUUUAGGACAUCAUCAUGUAACUUCCUGUUCUAGUCGAUCUGCUUCAUGAUAGCUGUGAUUGGUUUAGGACAUCAUGUAACUUCCUGUUCUAGUCGAUCUGCUUCAUGAUAGCUGUGAUUGGUUUAGAACAUCAUGUAACUUCCUGUUCUAGUCGAUCUGCUUCAUGAUAGCUGUGAUUGGUUUAGGACAUCAUGUAAAUUCCUGUUCUAGUCGAUCUACUGCAAUGCCUCAAAGAACCGAACAUGUAUUUCAUAAAAAUGCCUCCAGUCUAGAUUUUUUGUUAUCUAGGUCCUACUCGUAUUCAUAAACCUAUAAAUUCUAUGUUCCUAGCUGUUACCUCUGCUAUUUUCAUGAUUAAUCAUGAUAUAGAAAUUCCACAAAAUAUAUGAUAAAUAUUAAAUCUCUAGAACCAGAUUCGUUUUAAGAUAGCGUUUCAGAGACCUUGGUGUGGGCCGGUUGUGCGAAGCCGAUUAGCUAAAUCCUAGGUUAAUAAAAAAUAUAAACCAAACUUCCCAACAGCUUGUUUAUAAAUUUGGAAAUGUUUCUUCAAAAAAUUUUGUCUGGAUCAGUAGGAGUUUUCCUCUCUGAAGUUUUGAAACAAACAGACGUGUAGAAAUACAUAAACUAAAACAUUAUGUUAAAUUUUAGCAGAGGGUUAAUUAACCAACGUUUUCAAAUGCCAGAACUUCCUUUUCAAUUGCCAGAACUCCCUUUUCAAUUGCCAGAACUCCGUUUUCAAUUGCCAGAACUUUGUUUUCAAAAGCCAGAACUUCCUUUUUAAAUGCCACAACUCAGUUUGCAAAAGCCAGAACUUCCUUUUCAAAUGCCAGAACUCCGUUUUCAAAUGCCAGAACUCCGUUUUCAAAUGCCAGAACUCCGUUUUCAAAUACCAGAACUCCUUUUUCAAAUGCCAGAACUCCGUUUUCAAAUGCCAGAACUCCGUUUUCAAAUGCCAGAACUCCGUUUUCAAUUGCCAGAACUUUGUUUUCAAAAGCCAGACUCCAUUUUUAAAUGCCACAACUCAGUUUGAAAAAGCCAGAACUCCGUUUUCAAAUGCCAGAAUUCCGUUUUCAAAUGCCAGAACUCCCUUUUCAAAUGCCAGAACUCCGUUUUCAAAUGCCAGAACUUCCUUUUCAAAUGCCAGAAUUCUUUUUCCAAAUGCCAGAACUCCAUUUUCAUAUGGUAGAUAGGGUGUCCUUGAAUUCCACCUUCACCAAAGGGUGGACACCCUAAUUUGUUUAGUUUAAUAAUUAUAUAAAAUGCAUUGUAGGAAUAUCGGGAGGAAUUACGAAGCACGUUGGAUGAAAAUAAAGAGUUGAAGUCCUCACUAGAAAAGCUUCGAGGUCACGCAAAUAGAUCAAGGUACAAGAUUUAUGUCAUAAACCUAAGCUAAAAUUAGAAAUAUAGUAAGCAAUAUAUGAUCCUGUACGAUGCAUACCAAUGAUGCCACAACAUACAAAUUUUAUACAAUCUGUUUUGUUCUGUGUAGGAUUCCUUACAGCUCUACUGAUAAAAAAUUUAAACCAUUAGAAUUGAUAGUUAUAAUUUUGCUGUACAUUAAACAACAACGCUAAUCGACAUGAUUAAUUGAUUAUCUAAUGUCAGUGAAAUGGCACAACUCAGGACUCUUUCUUCAUUUCUUCAAGUGACCCAUGUUCUGAAAGAUUUGCAUAAAGUAGAGCCUUAAACGGACACCGAAACCCCUUUGGCAUAUAUAUUGAACCCCCCCCCCCCUCCCGUGAAAUGUGUCCGCCACUGAUUAAAAGGGUAAUAGACACAAACAGCUGCUGAAAUUGAGAGAGUUCCCUUCUCAUAAGCCGAAUGAUUGAAGUUGUCGCUCCAGAUAUACUUAUAGAGCUCACUGUUCCAGGGCAGCAGACGGUGGCCGACUUCAGAAAUUUUACUUUUUGGAGCACGCAAACUAACGCAAUUAGCUUUUGAACGCAUUCAAAAACGAGCACUUUCAAUUAUAUCUCCUGGGUCAUCUUGUACGAACAAUCUUAACACGCAUAAUAUUAGUUCUCUCAAAGACAGGCGUCAGAAACUGUGUGAAAAACUUUUCAAGACAAUAGUAUCCAACUCAGACCACAAGCUUUAUCAACUACUGCCACCCAAACAUAAUCCCACUUACAACCUGAGGAAAGAACGUGCGUUUGAUUGUCCUACUAUACGAACCAGUCGUUUUAGAAACUCUUAUAUUUCCGCAAUGUCAAAUAAUUUAAAGAAAUAGGAUUGCUAUGGUUUGCUAUGAAUUGUUUUAUAUGUAUGACAGUAUGUGUACUGUUAGUAUUUGUAUGUGUGUAAUAUGUAUGUGUUUAUAGACUUUAUAACCUACAGCUAAUUUUUAUGUUUUGUAAAUUUUACGCAAUUCAGCUGUUUUGAGCUGCGAUGUAAAAUCUUAUUAAAUAAUCUAUCUAUCUAUCUUUUCUCACGCCGCCAUUUUUGGGGUACUGCCUUUUCCAAAUCUGAGAUUGUACGCAGUGAAUACGAGAUUUGUAUACUGACUAUAAUUGUGAGUUAUAAGUUAAUUUAUCGCUUCCUUUAUUUAACACUAUAUCUGGGGGAUAUCUUGUCACGAUGAGCUCUGUUUUCUGUGCAUGUUCUUUACGCGCAAUAAACGAGUCAGACACCACUUGGAAUAAUUAUGGCAAUGUGCGUAUUGCAUAACGCACAUACCGGUUUAUUAAUUUUGUAAUCAAUGACAUAAGUUUAACAUAACAAAUUAUUAACCAAAGUAAUUCAUUAACAGUUAGCACAGAAAAGGUGGGGGUAAAAACGCCCACAACUAACAGUAACAACUAUAAUAACUAAUAUACAAUAUACAAGUAGAAUAGUCUUGCGUUCAGAAAAACGGGGAGGAGGGUGGGGAAAAACUUGACUUUAAAAUACAGACGACUUUGCGCUACCAAAGCGAAGAGCAGAAUGAACCAGAUGCGCAUUCUGCUAUAGAUAUGUAUCACCUCUCCCUUCCGUUUUCCUGCACGCAUUACAUUCAUGUGAUCAGAAAAUUACGGGGAAAAUACCCAUGUGUCCCAUGUCAGGUUUGUCUAUUUAUAUAUCCUAAGCUCAGGAAGCAAUAAAAUCUUCAUUGGUAUGCCAAUAAUUCCUUUAUCGCUUCCUUUAUUUAACACUAUAUCUGGGGGAUAUCUUGUCACGAUGAGCUCUGUUUUCUGUGCAUGUUCUUUACGCGCAAUAAACGAAUCAGACACCACUUGGAAUAAUUAUGGCAAUGUGCGUAUUGCAUAACGCACAUGCCGGUUUAUUAAUUUUGUAAUCAAUGACAUAAGUUUAACAUAACAAAUUAUUAACCAAAGUAAUUCAUUAACAGUUAGCACAGAAAAGGUGGGGGUAAAAACGCCACAAGGCUACUUGGGUAAAGAAGACAUACCCCCCCCCCCAUGCCAAUAAUUCCUUUACAGUUAAAUAUUUGAAAAAAAUGUUUUCACAUCGCUUAGAUUUUUCGUGUCGCUUUCAAAAAAGUACCUCAAAAAUUUGGCCUUCGUGAGAAAGGCUAAAUUCUCUUUUACUAUUUCCCCCAAAUACAAACUUAAAACUACCACGUGAUAGACUGUAAUAUUGAAAGAAUUACCAUCAUUUUUUCACUCUGGUAGCUUGCAGGUUUAACACCAUCUGCUGAAACUCAUGUAAUUGUAGACUGUAAUGGAUAUCCCCUUGUUCAUAGAUCGGAGGUGGAAAUUGUCGCUGAAGAACGCGAUGCAUUGGUGAGGAAACUCGUGGAAGCUGAGAUGGAUGCAAAAUCUACCAGUUAUAUGGUGUUAAAACUGAAGGAAACUGUUAAUAAGUUAAACGAAGUAGGUUUAUAAUCUUAUGCAAUCUUCAUGCUUAGAAUAAGCCUUACAGUAUAUGGCCGCAGGUUUAGAUUAAGCCAGAUACCUUGUAUGGAUUUUUUACAUCUUUUAUACCUGUAUGUGCGUUUUGAUACUGUAGAUAUUUCCUCUUUACAUUAUGUGAACAUGUAUACUGCUUGAACAUGUCGCGCGAGAAAAUGACGUCAUAUUGACAAAUCAACCGCUAUUUUGGGUGGUCAAAUUAAUGGCGAAAUAAAGUACUUACACCGGCUUAAAUUCGGUAAAGAAUGGCCUGUAUACAUUCUCAAACAAAGGAACAACUGCAUGCUGCUUGACUUUGAUGGUUGUUGACACCCUGUUUGUUUUUAAGUUCAAAUAUUUGCCACCCAAAAUGGCUGGACCUCGACAAUCGCGUGACAUUUUGUGUUUUGUGACGUCAGUUGCAAGGGUGGUAAUUGUUGUUAUAAACUCGUAUAGGAUCGUCGCAUGUCAUCUGGUGAUGUUGUGAACUUGAUCAGACAAAAAGAAAGUCUUCUGAGAAAGCUUGCAGAUUUUGAAGUCACAAACAAAGCUUUAAGAAAGCUUCUAAAAGAACAGAGUCAAUACGAGGUGUGUCAUUGUAUUAUGUGGUGACGUUUGUAAACGAUAAAAUAAAGGAUAAAACAUUUUACAGUAUUUUAAUUUUAGUGGGUUGUGGAUGUGGUUAUUUAAGAGUAAUAAGCUUCUUCUGUACAUGCGUAGAAAUGCACCACCAGUUAAUUCUCUCUAUAUGCCUAUGAGAAAAGUGAAGCCAAAAAGUGACGUCCAAAAUCUAUGAAGGUUGUGAAUAGUGUUACUACCAUUUUUCCCAGCUUAUUCCAGUUUAUCCUAAUGCAUUCUAUCGCUAAUCAAGUUAUCAGUUCAUAAAAUCAUAAUACUAGUCGAAGUCAAAAUACGAAAUUUCCUGUCAGCCUUAUGUAACCGCGCAGACAAUUUCUCAAUUUCCACCAUCUUUGGCUUGACUUGUUGCAGCAUUGGUCAGCUGUAAGAAGCUUAGCUGUAACAAUUAACAUUGUUUACAAGUUGUUCUUAGGAUUUAGUGAGUUAUAAAUAGUGCCUGAAAAAUACAAGCAAAACUUCUGCUUGACAACCGUAUUUGUAUAAGGUACAAUAGUUGUAUCUCUCUCAAUUUGUAGCUCUCUUGUUAUCAUCGCUAGCUACACUGGCACAGACUGAUUAAUCAAGUUCAACUGUUUGAAUAAAUUAUCAUUCUUCUCAUAGAGUAAUGGAAAAAGACUAAUAGGACAACAAGAUGUCUUAUUACAACGACUGGCACAAACAAAUGAAGAAAACAAGGUACACUUCUCACUUUUGCUGGAUUUGUUCAAAUCAGGACAUUGUUAGAGAUCAAUCAUAUAUAAUUUUUGCAGUGAGAGGGUAACUGGUUUUACGGAAAAAAUCAUAGAAACAGAUAUUUGCCAACUUCAAUCUAUACAUGCCAUUUCGCUUUUUUGUUUAGAAUCUAUUGUUCAAGUUAAACGAACGUGACAAAGAAGUCGAAGCUUUGUUGGCGCAAGUUAAGGCUGACAAGGUGCGUAGUUUAAAGAGAGAUCUAGGAUUAGUGAGGUACCUUAGUCCUAAGUCCUAAGAGAGAUACCUAAACGUUUUGCCGGCACAGUGUUUUAACCUGGCUUCGAUUUCUGCAAUAUACAGUUGCGUGAUUAUAAUCAGUUCACAUCUGUGAGAAGAGUGCUUCCAGGUAUAUUCUACCAAAUACCCCAGGUUUUUUCAGGGUACUCCGGUUUUCUUUUGUAUAGUAACAUUGGACCAUGUAAUUACCAUAAUCCUUAAUGGAUGGACCUUUGGAGGCAUGGUAUCUACAUUCUUCCAUAGCUGUACAGUAAAUCUCAUGAUAUAAGUCUUUCAAAUUGAAUUUGUUUUGAAGGAAUUAGACUGAGUUUCGUAAUAUCACCUAUCGAACUGACUGGACCUUGUACCUGUAACUCCGUUGGUAUAGCGUUAAGGCCCAGACGCACCGGACGCGAUUCGACAACGCGACGCGAUUUGUCGAUUUUCAUUGACCGAUAACUUUGAUCCUAGUUUAAAUUUUCCAAAUAUUUAGAAGCGCUAUAACAUUUUGAGUUAUUUGAUCCACAUAUAUUUUAAAAUUUGCUCUCAUUGGCUGUUUUAUUAACUUUCAAAAACUAAAAAGUCGCAUCGCGUCCGGUGUGUCUGGACCUUUACACUUGCAAAUAUUGCCGCGAUUUCUAGUGCGAUUUUCUGCUUCUGAUGGAUGUGAAUGAGUAAAUGAGUUAUGAAUGUUCUAAGUAUAUGAACCCUCAUCUGAACAUUCAUAACUCAUCCACUCGUUCGCAUCCAUCAGAAGAAGAGAAUCGCACCUAAAAUCGAAGCAAACAUUUUAAGUGUAAACAGGCCUUUAGACUAGCAAACCAAGGUCGCAGGUUCGAUUCCAACCGGUGUCAAGCUAUCUUUCAACUUGCCAUUUUAAUUAGCGUCAUCUAAUAUAUGUGAAUUGCUGACUUCAUUUCUAGAAUCAAGCUGUUGCGUUUGACGAGCUGAAGAAAACCAUCGAAGUCACACGUGCUCACUUACAAAAAGAACUUCGUUCUCGUGAGAUGGAAUGUGAACGAUUAAAUGUACACAUCAAGGUAGUGUAGUCAUUUUAGACACGAACGAAUUUUGCACAGAAAAAUGGCCAUAUCGCUGAACAUUCAUUGCAGAGCAUGCUAUUACGUCUUUUGUUUUGUUUCGACGUAUUUGUGUAAACAGACAAUGGCUGGCAAUGAAAAGUUCAUAUUUAGAAUGGAUUACUUUUUCUGUCUCGAUUUCAAGUGAAACAUACACAUGUGGUGUUUUCCACUAGGCGUCCUCGGAGCACAACCUGCAGAUAAAAAUUUCCUGCCGGCCAACUACGUAUUUUUGUGCUAAAUCCGUGCCCUAACAUAUAGUAAUGUAGCUGACCACGGAUUGUAAAUUUUGAACCUAACAAAUUUUUUGCAGCUGUUUAACAUUUCUGGGAGCAACGGUCCGGUUCUUUCGUCUAUUUUUAACCCCUGUUUUCCACAAUUAAAUCAACUAGAAACUAUUUUUUAUAUAUUAUUGAUAGACAACUGAUCAACAGUGUGAACAAGAGAGAAUGGAGGCUGAACACAUGAGAGGUCUGGUUGAAGCACUGAGGGUGAGUUUUAUACGUGUAGUCAUGCGGCUCGUUGUGCUCUUUUUUUAAAUGAUUACAACGCUAUUUGAGAACAGCGUUGCUUUUUUCCACAGUGGUAUAGUUUGAUAGAGCAUUUUACUGUUGUUUGCUGUACACAGAAAAUACCAUAG